UAUCAAUUUCCUGCAUGGAUGUUUGACAUACCAGUGACAUUUGAGCAGUCCCAGUCCCGUCUAUUUUUGUCAUUGCUGCUGGGUGAACGUUGAACUUUUUAUAGAGUUGGUUUGUCGGACACCACUGUUGGCCUGAAAUGGUUGUUUAGAGCAGACUGGUUUAAUGAAUUAUCCAGUCUCUGUCCCCAUGGACCUGUAUGAGAUCAUAGGAGGCAGACUGGAUGUGAUCGAAGAGGAAGCCGAGCAUCAGGAAUUAAGCAGAGAGUCGACCACCCGUAAAGCGUGUGAGGACAGCCUUACAUCUCCCACUGAGGCAGAAGAUGGACAUGAUAUGAGCACUGAGUGUGAGAUCGUCAUGACCAGGAAUCUGCUGCAAGAGAAGGUUGCUGAGAUGGAGAACUUUGCCAGUCAUCUGGAGGAGAUCUUUCUCACUGUGGAGGAGAAUUUUGGACGUCAGGAGCAGCACUUGGAGCAGCACUACAACGAUGUCCUACAGACACUGUCUCACCAAUAUGAUGACAGGGCAGCUGGACUGGAGGAGGAGAAGAAAAGCAAACUGGAAGCUCUGUACACUCAGCUGCUGACUUGUGGCCGGGCAUUGGAUGCCUCUAAAGACCUCAUUGAGAUGGCUCAGGAGAUCUACCGCUCCCAGGACAAGAGGCUUUUCCUGAAGGCAGUUAUGCCCACCAUUAAAAGAAUCGAGGACUUUGCUAAAGAGGAGACUGAACUCUCACUGUCUACGAGUCUUGAGUUUAACACACCACUUGCUGACCUGUCAGAUGUCAAAACCAUGAUGGACACCAUCAAUGUUGUUCCAGCUCCAUCUGCCCCAGUGAUCAACCCCCAGAUGCCCAACUCUGCCACCCAGACAUCCCUGCGUGUGUGCUGGAGCCUGUUCUCAGAUGACACGGUUGAAUACUACGAGCUGUACUACAGACCGUUGCUGGAGGACACACCAGCAGACAGCAGCAGUGAGCUACAUGUAAGCAAGGUAAAAGUGAAGGAGACCCACUGCACUGUGACAGAUCUGCUGCCCAAUGCUCAGUAUGAGCUUUGGGUGACAGCUACCAACACCACAGGUAUCAGUCCAGCGAGCGAGAAGGCCUUGUACAUGACAGUGCCGUCGCCUCCAGUGAUCAAGCAAAGGGAGUGUACUAGCUGCCCAGAGGCUGCUCUGAUCCGCUGGCAGUCAGGAAACACCAACCCUGUGGACUCUUACACUGUGGAGCUCAGUGAGAUGGACACUGAUGGCACAGAGAGUGGCAUUACUGAGUCUAUAGUAGCCGUGCCUGCCUGUCAGUGUCUAAUCCAGCUGCAGACAGGACGGCGUUACCUCAUCUCUGUGAGAGCAGUCAACAUUGGUGGGUCCAGCAACAGGAGUGAAGUUAUUACUGUCUCCACAACAGGUACAUUCUUCUAUCUCCUGGAGGACACUGCCCAUCCUUGUCUAUCCAUCUCUGAAGAUGGCUUCACCAUAUUUUAUGGAGAUGAGGAGCUGCCAAUUACUGCAAUGGCCUUAGAUGAUAACACCUUUACCAGAUGUGUAGCAGUCCUGGGGGAUUUGAUUCCAGUGCGAAGCAGGCAUUACUGGGAAGUCAAGGUGGAUGACGAGACAGAGUUUAGGAUUGGAGUUGCAUAUCAGGCCACAGAGAGGAACUCAUACCUUGGAGCCAACAAUACCUCCUGGUGUAUGAGGCACAUUCUCACUCCCUCCAGGCAUAAGUACGAGUUUCUGCACAACGGUUGGAGUCCUGACUUGAGGAUUACAGUGAACCCAGUGCGCAUAGGAGUAGCACUGGACUACAGUAGAGGGACACUCUCCUUCUUCAAUGUGGAUCUGGAACAGCAUCUACACACCUUCCACUGUCACUUCCAAAAUUAUGUCCACCCGUGCUUUGGCCUGGACAACCCUGGAGCGCUUACUGUACACAACCGUAUAGAGGCCCCUAAGUAUGCAUUUAUCUGACACCAGCAAUCAUAACUAGUAUCACAAAAUAAAACCCUAAGGUUGUUAGGGAGUGAAAUAACUUGCUAUCAAUUGUUACCUAAGUUCUGGGUCACAGUCCCAAUAAAGAAAA